AUGGCUAGUAUAAUGAAACUAUAUUUACUUAUACUUCUUCUAUUAGUUGUUUCAAAACUGAAACAUGAUGUUGAUGGAAAAUCAGAAGUGCCUUGCUUUUUCAUUUUUGGAGAUUCAAUGGUUGAUAGUGGCAACAACAACUAUCUUAAGACAAAGGCCAAAGUGAACUAUCAACCAUAUGGGAUUGACUUUCCUGAUGGUCCAACGGGAAGGUUUAGCAAUGGUCGAACUGUGGCUGAUGUGCUUGGUGACCUUUUGGGUUUCAAAAGUUUCAUUAAAUCUUUUCCAACGGCAAACGGUUCGCAAAUACUCAAAGGCGUCAACUAUGCAUCUGGCUAUGCUGGAAUUCGAAAUGAAACGGGAAAACAUAUGCAUUACAAUACAAGUCACCAUUAUACCCCAAAACAAUAUGCUGACGUUCUUGUUGAAGAAUAUGCUCAACACAUGAAGAAUAAUGGAUGUUGUGGUUUUCUGAUCUCAAGGAAUUUGGCAUUGUUCUGGGAUUCCUUUCAUCCGUCUGAAUUUUUGAACUUAAUCAUUGGAAUGAUCGCAUACGGUGUUUUGAAGACGAUAUUAUAA